AUGUCGUCUUUGAUUACAUUGGCUCUAUAUGGAAACAACUUGAGUGGUGGUCUUUUAGACAAUAUAUGCCAGCAUCUUCCUAGUAUUCACGUGCUCAAUUUGGGUCGUAACCACUUUGAUGGUCCACUUCCAUCCAAAUUAUGGCAAUGCAAAGAGCUUCUUAUAUUAUCACUGGAAGAGAACAACUUCAGUGGAAGCAUACCCAAAAAUAUUGGCAACUUAACCCAGUUAAUGGUUAUUACUCUUAGCAGUAACAAUUUGAGAGGUAACUAG